GUUGUCACUCCCAUGAGCGAGGUCUCACAGUAUGCGCUUUCCAGAGGCGGCGCUUCACAAAAGGCAAAAGCAUUUGAGGAACAACACUUCAAGAGUGUAAGGUCUCCUACUCAUUUGUCAGAUUUGCUUAUCCAGCUCUUUGUCUGGGGCCAAGUCCCUGCAGUAUUGGUUCAGCAAAUUGCGGCUGCUGCCAUCGAAGACGUUGAAGAAGCUAAAGGGCCAACAAUCAGAUCGUGGGCAAUUCUAGCUGGAUUGGGAAGCAAAGGCCUUCAUACCAACAAUGUGAACCGGGACUUGCUGCGCAAACUGGACAAGCCAAGUUUUAUGCUUUCCUGGCAUGGUAUUCCACAAAGGGCUGCUGCGACCAAAGGCAGCGUGGGGCGCACAGCCAUUCUCAGGCUUCCUUUGUUGUUGCCUCGAGAUGUAUGGUGUAGCAUUUGGAAGUCGGGGACCUUCAAGCAGUUCAUUUGUCACACUGUCAGCGAUUUGGAAAUCUUUUGGCAAAGCACGGACACGCACCCGGCCGUGCAGCAUCACCCAAUGAAACAAAUAGAAAACUGGCGGCGGCGCGCUGUUCCUUUAUCUCUGCAUGGGGAUGCGGCAGCGAUUACUCUUGGUCUAGGUUCUUCCAGCAAAAGCUGUUUAUUCUUGAGCUUCAAGUCUAUGGUUGCCAGAAAAACAUUCCAACACUUUCUGCUUGCAGCAAUUUGGUCACAUUGCACGGUGAAGACUGAGACUGGGGCCUUCAACACCAGCAAGAGUCUCUUCAGAAUAAUCUCAGAUGACUUCCUGCAAAUGCUGUCGGAUGAAGGUAAAUACAGCGAUGGCUACUUCCCAGUGGUUCUGUUCACGACCGGCGACCUUGAAUAUUUCGCUGAUUGGCAUGGUUUGCCCCGAUGGAAUUCCAAACGACCAUGUGCAUUCUGCGCUAUUUCCAAUCGUGAAAUUGGAAAUUGGAAAUUUGUGACAGCUUUGGAACCAGAUCCAUGGCAAACGCCACGAACUUCUAAAUGCCCUCUCUUCAGGAGCCUCGUAUCUCCUCAGGGAGUUUGCCCAGACUAUAUGCACACAAAGCACCUGGGCACAGAUUUGCGUUUCCUAGGCAGUGUUUGUUGGCUGCUGCUCAUGACUUUGAUGCCAGAUGUGCUUCUGCUGGAAGACCGCCUUCAGACAUUGCUUGCAGAACUAAAGGAGUAUUGGUCAAUGAACCAAAUGCCUAUGGGAAUCAACGCCUUGACAACAGGCAUGGUGAUGGCUGUCAACGACAAGCAGUGUUGGAAGACCUAUCCAAAAUUGAAAGUAAAAGCCAAUGAAGCAGCUCUAUCUCUCCCAGCGUUCAAAGCUAUUUGGGAGAAGAGAAUGAAUGGCAGUGAGCAAAGCCAUAUUUGGGUAAAACUUGCGCUGGAAGCCACUUGCAAUAUGGAUCGUAUCUUGCGGGAUUCCAACGAACAGUGGAAACUUAGCAUUCCUGAGUCCAACAAACUUUGGCAGGCUGCAAUCCAGUUUACAGUUUGCAACUCGGCCCUGGAGAAGCACUUUGCGAAGGAGAACAGGUUCAUGGAGCGUUACGUUUUGGCCCUGACCUUCGAGCUCAAGCACGCCUCGCCGGACAUCACUGUCAGUGCUUUAGAGGACGCGCUGAAGCAAGGCUUUGACCAGAUUGGCCAUAGAAAUCUUUCGGCGCUUACUCCACAGCUGGAGGGUAUGAGCUGGAAGACAAGUCCUGCAAAGCAUUUGCAAGCCUUUGUCAUCCUGUGUCCAAUUCUCCAGGCACUUCUUGGUGUGUGCAAAAAUGGCCUUGUGCCUGAUGCAAAGCUGCAGAGUGCGAUGAGAGCGUGCCAUGACAAGGAAAACUUCGUAUGCCUUUCAGAAGGGUACCAAGCGCUAUCCAAUUACGUCCUGCUUCGACUUCGGCAGAUGGCUGCCAAGAUCAGAGACUUGAUCAGCGGCUCUAAUGCUUGGGAAGUUUUGUCAAGGAAGUGCAACAAUCAGCAGAAGGAUGUGUUCAUCCGCUUGAUUCGCUGUAUUUGCCCAGCCUUCCUCAAGGAAACUGGUGGUGGCCAAGCUCCCACAAACAUCGACCACGACCAGCUCCAUGCACAUGCGGAUUUUACAAGCAUGUUUCUGGAAGACGAUGGCCAAAUGGGAUUUGUCCAAAAAGCUGUGGCCCAUGCUGCGAAUGUGGCCAAGGAGGUUUUGGCGAAAAGUGUUAGAACUCACGAGUUCGAGAAGAAAGGCGCCUCGCGUAAGCCUGCUGCCCGGCCUUCGAAAAAACCUUCCGCAAAGCCUUGGUGGGUGCAAUACGAUGUUGAAGCCAAGAAGUCGCCACUGGCAAUUUGGUAUCAGCGUGACAAGGCAAAAGGUCUGACCAUGUCCGCCAAGAACUUUGCCAGCCGGGUUUACCACUUGGUCGACAAGCAUGUGGGACGGGAUGCUGCAAAGAAGGCCCACCAGGAUGCCCUUGAGUAUACGCGUGGCUGCUGA